AUGAAUUUUUUGUUGCAAGACAUUGCAAUGGAUGUAGAAGCCUCAACUUCGGAUUCAGAUGAGCUCAAGCAACGUUUCCGGUGUUUCUAUAAAUUAUUAGAUGUGCAAACAGCUUCAAUUAUUAUUGCAACAUUAGAAUUAGUAUAUUUUUCCUAUGAGGUAUUUUCAACAUUUUAUUUAUUCAUUCAAACGGGUGAACAAUUUGUUUUAUCGUUUUCGUUAUCGUUAUUCGGUUUAUUUCUUGCCAUAAUAGCUAUUAUUUUGUUAUUUGUAGCAAUUUGGACGGUAACUCCAUAUUUACUCGUUCCUCAUUUACUAAUGCAGGUAGCUGCCAUAUUCGUUUUGUUCAUAUUCACUUUAUUUUGUAUAUUCAUGGUUGUAGUGGGAACUAGCCUUGAACUCAGGAUUGUGAAUGUGGAAAACAGUCCCGAAGGAGAAUUUGCACUGAGACUGCAUGUUUUGAUGAAUCAAACUUUUGGUAUAUCGUUUCAGAUAUGGGCACUUAUAAUAACUACUGGCUGCUUUUUCUAUCUGCAAGAAAAAGCAUUUAUCAAGAGUCGAUGUUUGGAUACUCAAUUGGAUCUAAACAUAGGCCCAUCACUCAAACCGAAAUUGAAAAAUGCCACUAUUGAUAUAAAGAUCGAUGAUAUUAUGAAAAGAAGCGCCAUCUCAGUGAUAAAUACUGAUGCGACGAGAAACACGGCUGAAACAGAUUGUUAA